GUCUGUUCUCACAAGCCUGUCUUUUUUAGAGAAAGAGCAGUUAAUCAUCACCAUGAAGCCUGUCUUGCUCCUUUCGGUUUUUCUGUGUGCUGCAUUUUCAGCCCCUGUUGAAGAACAGGAGCAUUUAGACACAGCAGUAGAUGUCCAAACAGAGGAAAUCACUGAUGGACCAGGUCUAGCAGCUCGUUUCAACUUCUGUCCAGAUGGCUGGUACAUGUUUGAAUCCCGGUGCUUUAAGUUCAUCAACUCUCCUAUGUCAUGGUACAAUGCUGAGGAGCACUGCAACAAUCUCGGAGGCCACCUGGCUUCAGUCUCCAACCCCAGAGAGUACAAUUACCUCCAGCAGUUGACACAAACAGCUGGUCAGAGCAUCGCAUGGCUGGGAGGUUUCAACCUGCAGGGUAAGUGGAUGUGGAUCAACCGUGAAGGUUUCUACUACACCAACUGGUACAGUUCCUCAUCCUCCAGUACCCAUCCCUGCAUCUUCUUACGCUCUACCUAUGGCUGGGGUAAUGGGCAGUGUACCUCAGCAAAUCGCUUCAUUUGCUCCAAGAACCCAUUUGGCUGUUAAUAUCGAUGCUCCAUAUCUGCAGUCUUCAGAUGUUCCUGCUGGGAUGCCUUCUUCUUUCCAUACUGAAUAACCUUGUUUGAACUGCUGCAGAAUUUUUUUUUAUUGUAUCAUUAAGUGGUAAUUUUCUGCCAAACUGUUGGUGAUGAUCAAAUAUGAUGCCUUGUUUUGAAUAAACACUUUUGAAAAUGGG